AUUCUGUGGUGGUUUGCGAGCGAGAUGUGAUUCAGAUUGUUUUUAUUUUUAUUAAUAUUUUGUAUAGCAUACAAAUUUAUACGUUCAUAAACCUAUUUCAACCUAACUUGUUUAUCCUUUUUAUAUAUCUAUUAAAUAAGUGUAACGUGAAAGUUCAUGUUAAGUGUAAUUAUUAAUUGAAAGUACUCCCGUGUUACUGAGUGAAUUGUUGAUAUCUUUAAGUGUGUGUUAAAUAGAACGAAAACCCAGUGAAUAUAAAGAAAAAUGGGAGAUAAAGAGGACUAUUUGACAUCAUAUCGAUUGUUUUUCGAGAAUUUUGCUGCAAAUGUAAAUCCAGAGGACCAAUUACCUGUAUUUGCUUCUGACUACUCCAUCACGGAGGCAGAAUUGCCUGGCGAUGUUAUUUACUGGGCCAUCGAGUAUCUACGAGAGAAAUCAUGUCCGGCGACACUAAUGACUCCGCUUUUGCGGAUAAUACUAGACGAGGUGCGAAUUGCAGCGAAAAAGUAUCCAAAUGACUUUGGUUAUAAUGCUGAUAAGUCAGCAUACAAAGCGAUAUCACUGAUGCAGGCAGUGAUAGCUAAAGUGAACGCAGUAUGUAUGAGAUAUCUGGACAAUUCUCGGUUGGACACUCUCCCUCCACCACCACGGACACAAAAGGAGUUUCUGACAGUUUCCGCUGCUUUGCGGAACUCACGACGCGUUAUGGAGGAUCGACAUGUUGAAAUUGGGAACUUGGAAGCGUUGUUUGAUAUUGAGACAACGGAACACACAAGUUUCUAUGCAGUAUAUGACGGGCACGCGGGUUCGUCCGCGGUGCAGUACUGUGUGGCGCAUUUGCACCAAUAUUUGGUGGAGAGUCCGAACUUCAAGAAAGACUUACGAAAUGCACUACGAGACGCCUUUUUGAAGACAGAUGCGGAAUUUAUUAGAAAGAGCAAAGUUGAGCACCGCGUAGUGGGAGGCAGUACAGCAGUUGUGAUUUGUAUUCGUGGAAAGCGGCUUUUGGUGGCAUGGGCCGGCGACUCACUGGCUCUAGUUGCGCAACGUAUGCGUGUUAUGCAGCUCGUACAUCCACACAAACCAAGCAGAGAGGACGAGAGAAAACGAAUAGAGGCGUCUGGUGGUACCGUGAUGUAUUGGGGCACGUGGCGAGUGAACGGGCAACUCGCCGUCUCUAGGGCGAUUGGUGAUGCACAAUACAAGCCGUACGUGAUUGCUCAUCCAGAGCAGGCUGCGUUAGACCUGGACGGUGAUGAAGACUUCCUUGUGAUAGCCUGCGAUGGCCUCUGGGACGUGGUCAGCGAGGAUGAGGUGGCGUUGGCUGUGUACCGACAGAUCACUGCUGAUCCAAAUGACUUGAAAGCAGUGACAAAGCGUCUGAUACUUCAAGCGAAGAGGGAAGGCUCGGAGGAUAAUAUCUCCAUAAUCGUAGUCUUCCUGAAGGACCCCCGAGAUAUUGCCGCCCAGAACUGCCCGCCCAUGGAGCUUGGGCUGGACAACGCGGUGGUGAGCCCACCACUGCGCCCGUUCGAUGUCGACGACAAAGUCCAUACAGUGGCUGAGGCCGCUGGUGGCGAAGACAACGGCGUCUCAGAUAGCGACAGCGAGGAUUUGGGACCCGAAACGGCAGUCGAUGUGGACGCUGAUGAUGGAGAUAUAGAGAUGAGGAACCCAGCACCGCCCACUCCGCCUGCACAUGCUGUGGAAGCGAGCCAAACUGACGGCAAUCUGGUGGAUAAUGUAGCUGAGAGUGGUGAAGACUCUGAGGACGAGUGGAAUUACUUCAAAGGCGAAGGUGAAUCUGAACAGACAGAACAGAAAUCGGAACCUAGUGAAGAAGCAGACGAAGCACCCCGAUCAGAGACUCCUUGUCAAGAUAAUUCUGCGUGGGAGAAUAGUUCUGUAGACAUGAAUAGUUCACCUCUAAACCCUGAUGCUCCGGUGUUUGUCCCGGGUGGAGUGGCUGGUUCUGAUGUCUUGCUGGCUGAGUCUCCACGUAAGCCUUUACCGAUGGAGGACAUUAUAGUUCCUGAUGUCAAGCAGUUUGAGACUGAAGCCGGUGGAAGACCAGCAGAGUUACAAGACUUGGAUAAUUGCGAUCAGUUGAAUGGUCACCAUAAUAUUUCAAUUGAAGGUGUUACUGCACAUCUAAAUGGGAAUAUGAAAUGUGAUAUGGACAGUUUUGAAUUUAAUGGACUCGAGUCUGAAAAAAUAAAGGAUUCAAGUCUUAUCCAAGAUUUUGAAAGGAUACAAAAGGAUACUACAGACUUCUGCAAUAUACAAGUAUUUCAAACACAGAGUGAAACCAAUCCUUUCAGCAUAGAAGGCAAUAAUGAUCUUUUUGAAAGGCUUAAAAAUAAGGAAAGAGAUCCCAUGAGCAUGAGCUUUUACCAGGAGAAAGAUGAUGAUACAUGUGAAAGAUUCUCCAAACUGGAAUCGCAAGUCGAUCUUAAUUCAGUACAACUACUACCAGAUAGUGACGAUGAAGACACCGAACAAAAUGGAGAUUGCCAACAUGUAGAAGAUAAAGAAAACGUUCAUCCAGACCAACACAACAAUUUAUUUUCACUGACAAACAAUGACAUGGAACCUAACAAUGAUAUAUUAAGAUUUGAUGAUAGAAAUGAUAUUACAGAAAAUAAUGUUGUUGAUGAAAAUGUAGAAUGCAAUGUUGAAUUUAACAAUAUGCAAAACUAUUCCAAUGUUGAUUUUGAAUACAGCAAUCAGGAGAAUGUCAUACCAACAGACACGCCUGAAUCUCACAAAUUACUUUUUGAACAAAUUCCUGAAAUUCCUGAUGGUAAAAGUUCAGAAUUAGGUUUUAGUAAUGAUGAUCUGUUAGAUCCAUCCGAAAGUGAAAAAGAUAAUAUAACACCACAAGAUUUGUCUCAAGAUGAUGAAAUGGAAAUGAACCAGGAAGAUACUGAAAUGCAAAAUGAUAUACCAUUUGAAGCCAAUGAACAUAUGCAAACAUUCAUUGAGCAUUCAGCAGAUAUCAUUGAAAAAGAAAGUGAAUUUGUUUCUGAAUUAGAAUCCGAUAAUCUCACACCGGAACCAACAGAGACAACCAAUUUCAAUACAUUAAACUCUGAAGGAAUUGAAAACAAUAUAAUUGUAGAUGUCCACCAAUCUGAAAAAGAUGUGGACGAGUUUGAGACUGAAAAUAAACAAUAUGAUAGUAAUGAUUUAGUUGAUAAUGAAGAGGCUAUUUUGGACAACCCAAAAAUCACUCUAGAUAGUGGUGAAGUGCCAAUAUAUGAUACAUUAUCAACAAAAACUCCAGAGCCCGUAGAUUUUAUAACACAAUCUCCCCUUCCAGAGUUGGAUGGAAAUGAUAAAAAUAUAACACAAAAGGAAGAUUCGGUGCCAGGACAGUCGCCAUUGCCAGAUGAUGUUCUGUCCAAGUCACCGGAACCUUCUGAAGCAGUCUCCGAUCGCCUUAUGUUUGGUGAUUCAUCUGUUAUUGCGCAAUCACCUUUACCUUCACAAUCACCUAUCGUUCCCGAGGAAGUACAUUCGCCCAUUCCACCCCAGGAUAUACCGUUAGUUCCUGCAGAAGUACCUUUACCAAGAGAGUCACCGGCUCCUUCUGAAUCGUCACUUAUGGAUGAGCCCGAACACCGAUCACCUCUUCCAGUGGAAAACUCAAUUCUCCAACCAUUAGAAGAGCCAGUUCAAAAGGAUUUGCCCCUAGAAACCAGUGCUCUAGAAAGCGAAUUUUCGCUCCAGGAAUUAGGUCCUAGCAAGUCUCCUGAACCGCUUAUGGAAACAGUUUCAAAGGAAUCUUUUCCUACUGAGUCUCCUCUCCCUGUUGAGGAAUCUGUUCUUGAAGACACCCUUUCAAUUAAUCAAAAUACUACACCUAGGCAUUCACCAUUCCCGAUUGAUGAUUUUGUACCAAGGGAGUCUCCGUUACUGGCACAAAAGGAAUCUUUAGAAGACUUGUUAACAAGAGAUUCACCUAUUACUGAACGGGAAUCCGUAGUAGCAGCAUCACCUGUUCCUGUACAAGAAUCCGUAGUAACAGAAUCACCUGUUCCUGUACAGGAAUCUGUAGUAGCAGAAUCACCUAUUCCUGAACAGGAAUUAUUGACAUCAGAAUCACCAAUUCCUAUACCGGAGUUAGUAGUGAGAGAAUCCCCUGCUCCUUCACAGGAAUUGAACACAAGAGAAUCACCUGUUCCUUUACAAGAAUCGGAAGCAAGAGAAUCACCCAUUCCAGUACAGGAAUCAGUAGGAACCGAAUCACCCGUUCUUGUACAGGAAUCUUUAGCAACAGAAUCGCCUGCUCCGCUACAGGAGGAAUCAGUAGCAAGAGAAUCACCCAUUCUAUUGCAGGAAUCGGAAGUGAGAGAGUCUCCUAUUCCAGAAGAGCAGCCUCUUGUAAAAACACCUCUACCUGAUAUACGUGAUUCAAUACCGCAAGAUGUGCCCGUGGAGUCCCUAGGAGAUUCGGUAUUACCAAACGAUGUCGUACAAAAUGAUCUACUCGUAGAAAGUUGCGUCGCGGUCACUAGCGCGAUUCCGAACCUCGAGGAGCAAAUUCGACCUGCGACGACUCCGCCACCCACGCCGGCAAUCCUGAUCGACCAAACACAGAGCGACGCACCCAUCGCGGCCUCACUCGACCCGUUGGCCGCUACAGCAUUAGCCGGCGCCGUCGCCGCCGCCGCUGCGGCCACCGCUGCCGUUACUUCGUCUAAAACCGCUGUCAAGAAACCUUCUCUCACCCCCACCGCUCGGCCGAAAACCGCCCCCAAAACUCCCGCUAAGUCGCCCGCUUUGGCGACGAAGCGACCGACUUCCUCCACGACUCCGCGAACGACGGCGCCGAAGGCCCCCACCCCCACCCUCGCCUCCGCCAAACCUUCCCCCAAGGCCUCUUCCCCGACGAAAGCAGCCAAACCGCUCGCCGCGGCCGCCGCUAAAACCGCACCUCGUCUUGCUGCGGCUCGACCGGCGACUAAGGCACCUGCGCCUAAGCCGCCCACCGCCGCCAAAACGACCUCGGCCGCUCCCAAACCCUCGAGUGCGGCGGCUCCUAAACCCCCGAGUGCGGCUCCCAAACCCCUCAGUGCAGCUCCUCGAGCUCCGGCCGCAAAACCCGCCCCGCGACCCGCUACGGCUAAACCCGCCGCACCCGCUCCUAAACCGCCCGCACCCAUCACCAGACCCGCGCCCAUUUCGGCGAGAACUGUCGCCAAAACUACCACCGCAGCAAAGACCACUGUCGCGGCGCCCAAGCCCAAGGCACCCGAGAAAAAGCCGUUGACAAACGGUGACGUGAAACCAGCGGCUAAACCAGCUCCAAAAGCCGCGCCCGCCGCUCGCUCCGCGCCACGCCCCGCCCCGCGAGUGCCUGCCGCUGCUCCCGCUAAGCCCGCAGCAGCAAAACCAACACGCACAGUACUUGACAAACAGAGUAAAGACCUCGCCAACAAACGCAUCACAGCUAAGACUGCUCCACCCAGGACUGCACCCGCUAAGAGCAACACGGCCAACAAAACAGCAGUGAAGAGCGUACCCAGGAAGGAGCUCGCCAAACCCGAGAUCAUCCCGAACGGAAUAAACGGCUCCGAGGAAGUGAGCAAGCCUCCCUCCAGCCCGCCCAUGGACAACGCGCUGUUGCCGGAUGUCAUCGCGUGAAUUUAUUCCUAAUUCCUUAAUCGCUUCAAUUUUGUGAUUUUUCUAUAAGUGUAUAGAUAAGGUCGCGUUAGGUGCGUCACCGAGUGGCGCACGACUUAUUUUAGUGGCUUCACAGUAUGUAUAGUCAAAUAGUCACGCAAGCACGGCUCGGACGUGGUCUAUCCCGUUCCUUUGAUACGUUCUAAGGCUGGCGAUAACGAAUGAGUUUUAAAGUACAUUGUGUAACUGCUUGAAAGUAUCGACUGUGCUCAUGUAAAUAUGUAGUCUUUGCAUUAUAAGAAUAAUUGUUUGUUAAAUUUUUAAUUUUGGAUAAUUUUAUGUAACGCUGUUUAGUUUCAGUCCUUGUGAAGUGCGCAAUCCUACAAUGCAAAGACUGCAUCGCGAUACAUUUAUCCAUUACGAAUAGGUUUUAUAUUUCUGACGAACAUUUUUAAUUUAUUUGAAUUAUUUAAUAAAAUCGUAAAGGACUGAAACAUUGUUUUAUUUGUGGACGGGCAUUCGGCUGAGAACGAUUUAUACUAAGCGUACAUUAUUACUUAAAGUGUCAAUGUUUAUUAUCAUGGUGUUAAAAGUACUAAAUAGAGCAUUUUAUUACAAUAAAUGGUUAUAUCACCACAA